AGCUAAUAGAUUAUUUUAUUCUGAGUUGACUGGGCUGAGUUGCGUUGAGUUUGCGGAGACCGAGUUAGGAGAGAGUAAAAUUUAGUAAGAACUCUCCCGAGUGAAGUCCAAUGGAGAGAGGAGGUUACAGAGGCAGAGGUGGUGGAAGAGGAGGAGAAGGAGGUGGAGGGCGAGGUGGAGGUGGAGGUGGAGGAUAUGGAGGAGGAGGAAGAAACGGUGGAUAUGGGGCAGGAGGAAGAAACGGCGGAUAUAGAGGCGGAGGAAGAGACGGCGGCGGCGUAGGCAGAGGUGGAAAUGUUCGUGGUCGCCGUGGCCGGGAUUUUGAGAGGAGCUAUGAUCGUGAUCAGAAUUGGGGUUCGAGUGACCAGACACAGUGGAGGAGUGCGAACACCGAGCACGGCGGGAGCCACCGCAUCGACCAUCACCGGCCGCAAGACCAGGAUCGUGGUUCGAACGAGUCCACUCAGUGGAGUAGGCCGCAGCCGCAGCCGUCUAAUCCGUGGCAUCAACCUCGGCCCAGACCUUCCGUCUCGCCGGUUAUACAGCCUGUCUUGCCGGUUGUACAGCCUGUCUUGCCGGCCGUACAGCCUGUCGUUGAUGAUAUGCAAAAAUUGAAGAUUUCGGGAUCGGGGUCUACGUUGUCACCGAGUGUCCCAAUGAAGCGCCCUGAUAAAGGUGGUACACUUGCCAUUCGGACUUUGAGGCUAUCAGUCAAUCAUUUCCCAAUCAAGUUUAAUCCUGAGAGCAUCAUAAGGCACUAUGAUGUUGAUGUCAAACCAGAGGAGCUCCCCAAGCAUGGUCGCCCUGUGAAAAUACCAAAGUCUCAUUUGGCUAUGAUCAGAGACAAGUUGUUUGAAGAUGAUCCUGCUCGAUUCCCUUUGGCAUUGACUGCCUAUGAUGGUGAGAAGAAUAUUUUUAGUGCAGUGGAACUGACAACUGGAAAAUUUACUGUGAAAUUCUCUGAAGCAGAAGAUAUGAAGAUUCGUUCGUAUGUAUUCACUAUAAAGCUUGUAAAUGAGUUAAAGCUUCGCAAGUUGAAGGAUUACUUGACAGGGACACUCUUAUCUAACCCCCGCGAUAUUUUGCAAGGGAUGGAUGUAGUAAUGAAAGAGAAUUCAACUCGGAAUAUGAUUUCUGUUGGCCGAAGUUUUCACCCUUUUGAACCUAUUCCAGGAGAUGACCUUGGAGGUGGAAUCACAGCAUCUCGAGGAUUUCAACAUGGCCUGAAGGCCACCUCCCAGGGUCUGGCAUUGUGUUUGGACUACUCUGUUUUAGCAUUUCGUAAGCGAAUGUCAGUUAUAGACUUCUUGAGGGAGCAUGUUGAGCGUUUUGAUCCAAAUGGUUACAGAGACUGGAGAAAAGUUGAGAACAAACUGAGAGGAGUAAAAGUUACUGUGACCCACCGUCGUACCAAGCAAAAGUACAUCAUUGCUGGGUUAACUAGGGAGAAUACACGACAGGUAACGUUUGAUGCUGAAGAUCCAGAGGGGAGGGCCCCAGCAAGGAAAGUCAGACUUGUUGAUUAUUUUAGGGAAAAAUAUGGCCAGGAAAUUACAUAUCCAGAUAUUCCUUGCUUAGAUUUGGGAAAAAGUAAUCGAAAAAACUAUGUACCGAUGGAGUUCUGCGUCUUAGUUGAAGGGCAGAUAUAUCCAAAAGAGAAUCUGGAUAGAAAUGCUGGUAAAUUCUUGAAGGAUAUAUCACUGGCUCGACCAUGGGAAAGACAGGAGAUGAUAUCUAAAAUGAUAAGGUCUAGGAUUGGGCCUUGCGGUGGGGAGAUCACUCGGAAUUUUGGGCUUGAAGUGAAUACAAGUAUGACAAGUGUCGAUGGACGUGUAAUUGGGCCACCUGAGUUGAAGGUAGGUGCUGUUGGGGGAAAAGUGAUUAAGAUACAAGUUGAGAAGGAGAAAUGCCAAUGGAACCUGGUUGGCAAAGCUGUUGUAGAAGGCAAAAGAAUAGAGAGGUGGGCUGUAAUUGACUUCAGCGCUUCUGAUCGAUAUAAUAAACUGGAUGUUGCAUUUAUUGGUGACAUUAUUGCUCGGUGCGAGAGUUUAGGAAUUUUCAUGAAUGAACCUGCCUAUUAUCACCCAACUUCAAUGAAUCAAUUCUCCAAUGUCGAUGGGCUCCGUAACCUUCUUGAAGGUGUUACUUCCCGGGCUUCUAAGAAUGCCAAGGGCCAUUUACAGAUUCUUAUUUGUGUGAUGGCUAAGAAGGAUCCUGGGUACAAAUAUCUCAAGUGGAUCUGUGAAACCGGACUUGGUUUGGUGACGCAAUGUUGUUUGUCCAGUAAUGCUAAAAGGGCUAACAGAGGCUAUGACCAAUAUCUUGCCAAUCUCGCUCUCAAGAUCAAUGCCAAGCUCGGAGGCAGCAAUGCAGAGCUCCUGGACAGGCUUCCCUACUUUGAGGGUGAUGAGCAUGUGAUGUUUGUGGGGGCUGACGUUAAUCAUCCUGCUGCUCGGAACACAACAAGCCCAUCAAUAGCAGCUGUUGUGGCCACUGUGAAUUGGCCUGCAGCUAAUCGAUAUGUGGCAAGGAUUCGGCCCCAAGACCAUAGGACAGAGAAGAUUCUGAAUUUUGGGGACAUGUGCUUGGAACUUGUUCAAUCUUAUACUUGUCUGAACAAUGUCAAGCCACAGAAGAUUGUGGUCUUUCGUGAUGGGGUAAGUGAUGGCCAGUUCGAUAUGGUUCUAAAUGAAGAGUUAACACAGCUCAAGGAGGCAUGCAAAAGGGUCAAUUACUUCCCAACUAUCACGCUGAUUGUAGCUCAGAAGCGACACCAGACUCGUCUAUUUCCGGAUAGUAAGAGGGAUGCAGGUACCACUGGCAAUGUACCACCAGGAACAGUUGUGGACUCGAAAAUUGUGCACCCAUUCGAGUUUGAUUUCUAUCUGUGUAGCCACUAUGGAAGUCUCGGAACAAGCAAGCCCACUCACUACCAUGUCUUAUGGGAUGAGCAUGGGUUUACUUCUGAUCAAUUGCAGAAACUCAUAUAUAACCUGUGCUUCACCUUUGCUCGGUGCACUAAACCCGUGUCGUUGGUCCCACCAGUGUAUUAUGCUGACCUGGUUGCCUAUAGAGGACGGUUGUACCAUGAGGCGAUAGUGGAGGGGCAAUCUCCGGCUUCAGUAUCGUCGCCAUCUUCAUCAUUAACUUCAUCUUCAUUUUCAUCAGUGGCCUCGGUCGAUGAGAGGUUCUACAGGUUACACACUGACCUGGAAAACAUUAUGUAUUUUGUUUGAACGGCUGAAUCUGGGCCCAUCUCUUUUAUCUUCUCAAAUUGGGACGGAGAUAGUACCAUCUUGAUGAAAUGCCAGAACGCAGGUUUACUCCUUUCCUAACUACCUAGAAAAGGAGUUUGUGCGUGAAUCUAACGGGUUCAAGUCUUUUCUUUUGUUAUAUCUAGUUUUGCCGCCUCGAAUUUCCAUGGUUUGUUUAGUAGCCAUGUUAAUUCGAGGAAUGGUCAACUGAGUUUGCAUGUGGACUCCUUUCCCUUUUAACCCGGCCGGUGAUUGUUUAGAUGGCGUGGGUUUGGGUUUGGGUUUGGGUUUGUUUAUCAUUGUUGUCUAUUUUGGUGAUUUGGUCUUAAAAUAUUGUUUGAAAUUGCUGCUUUGGCAACUUCAAUCAUAGACAAACUUGAAAUACUAAUGAAAUAUUACUAUAUAUUAUGAAAAUAUCCUUGUCAUAUUGAUGACAUUUUGA